AUGCCAAUGAUUUUGCCAAAAGGCAUUGUCACCAACUCGGAAAACAUUUAUAAAGAGGUUGCUGACUUCCCAAUUGUCCCCCCUGACAAAGUUUGGAAGUAUUGGCAUGUGUACACAACCACACAUAAAAAGCUUCAGGAUCCGACAGCAUGUCGGCUCGAAAACUUUUGGUGGCACGUCUGGGGAAGUGAUCGCAGGUUUCUUAAGGGCAGUGCCCUCGCCAAACUUUACGAAGAGAUCUCCAACGGGCCAACAUUUGUACCCCUCAAGGGACCACCAAACCGAUGGGAGGGACCCGAUAUGCACCCCCUGAUCAAGCAAAUUCUGGAAGCCGCCGAAGCUCAGGCGACCCCACCUCUACCACAACCUCCAGGGUCCCGCUCAUCAAGACCUACCGACUCAGCGUUGAGAACUCUAUCUUCGAGUGCCUCAAAACCGCCACCCACCCACCCGAUCUUGAAAAAAGCCCGGGGUCCGUCGGCAUCAGGGCCACGGCCGACGGCUCGCUUUGUGUCACCACACGAAUCUGCAGAUGAAGAUGAGAUUCCUUCGUCGGGAAGCACAGCCGCGACAGCGUCUGAGGCGCCCGUGUACGUAACAGUUUCGCCGAAGAAGAAAACGACCACAGUACUUCCCCAGAAACUCAAUUCUUUAUCGCCUGUCGCCAAUAAGAAAAUAUCACCAUCAAAGAAGCCGACUCCAACUGCAGAACCCCUUAUUCGAGAAACUGGGUUUGGGACAUCCAGCGGGUAUCGAAAUGCCGCUCUGCAGCAGUCUGCACCACCAAAUACCCGCACAGUCGUGGAACGUGACCAGCCAGUAACUGUCCAGGGUAAUGGUGUGGUAAAGGAACGCCCUUUAAUGAGCGAAAAGGCACGUGGGAAGCAACCAGCUGCACCUGUUCGGCCGGCAUCGUACAGGAAAGACGCAGGAAAGGAUGUGAUAACAGAGGAAAACCAGCAGUCUUCGCCCUUGAAAGAUCGCCCUCGUAGCAUUCAUCGCGAGAAAGGUGUGCUCCCACAAGCUCGUUCACUGAUAAAUCUUUCGAACCAUGGAUCACGCAGAGGAUCCAGGGGCUCUUCAAUAUCGACAUUCGGCGUGGGAUCUCUGGAGAGUAGCCAGAGCCAGGACUCGUCUGCCAUGUCUCGUUCUCAGUCUCAUGGCGGAUACGACCAAAAAAAGCCGAAAAACGGCAUCAGAGCGCCGGGUCUCUUUACAGAGGCCACCUCAUCAACAUCUAACGUUGCUGUUACAGGCACUAUUCUCGAUCAAUCCGGAUUUGGGUCUACAUCAGACUUGAAUAACAUCGAGCAUAGAGGACCCGAGCACCAUACUAUUCCUGCUGUGCUACCUCGGCCGUCUAUUCUUGAUGCUCGUUUCACCCCAACUCCGCCAACCACAUCGGCAAAUGUGCCUUUAGGACGCACAAAAAGUCAGUUGACACUUCUUCUCGAACGCGAAAAGGCACGAGGCAGUGACAGACCGCGAUAA